CAUCCCAGUUGGCAACUGCCAUUCCCCCUUGCUUACUGAAGGCCUACCCUUUCCACCGUACGCUUGACUUCAGGACAAAGCUCCAUAUAAAGCUAUCAGCUCAAACCCACGGAAAGCAGGCGCGCUAGGUUAUUUUCCGUGCUCCCUUUUCGUGCUACUUUCGCGGCUUCUCUUUCACCAUUUCCUGAUUUCGUAGCCUUUAGGCUAUGGGGUCGUUCCACCGUGUAGCUCUCCUAGCGAUCAUCGUGCUAUCAUGGCACAGCAGCAGUCUAGUGUCCGCACUCAAAACCAAGGAAGUGAAUCGAGCCGUCACCAGCAUCUCGCAACGCCCGGAUUACCAAGCGAUUCACCAAUUCGUCGACGACUAUCUGAAAAAGCAGAUCCCUCUGACGGACAUAACCAUCCUACUCCCAGCAAACAUCGUGGCGCUAAAUAGCUACACUAAGGACCAGCAGACCGCCAUUCUCUCGUACAACAUCAUCGCCACACGCUACCUCUUCCGCAACCUCACCGACAUUCCCCCGGGGACGGAGAUCGACACCAUCGAGGGAAACAUCGUCACGAAGCGCGGCCCCAAGGGCCAGCCGAUCGUCACGUUCCAAGGCGCCGCGAAGCUGCCGACCGCGCUCCUGGUGCCGAACCUGUGGGUAGGCUCGGACUUCACGAUCCAGGGCACCAGCACGCUGCUUAUCCCCCCCGAUCUGGUUGCGGGAUCUGGAGCCAGUACCGCUGGUAGCCGCGGUGGGAUUGGACGCGCAAUCGGAGGGGUCGUGAGUGAUACCGUCCGUGGCACGAUCGGCGGAGUUGCCUCUCUUUUCAGGCCCUCGCCUCGUCCGUAGAUGCUCUGCUCAGGCGAUGGGGUGGUAAAAGGGUAAUGAGAUCUCAACCCCCAGGGUGCAGUUAUAGAGGGGAACCUUAGGGUGUGUCCCUAAUUUCGUGUCGUAAGGGAAGUCUACGGACACGGGGGUAGGGGCAUGCCCUUCGUCGGAAAUUUUUAGUGGGAAAUUGGGCAGCUGCGCUCCAGCUCUCUCUUCUCAUGCGUGUAUGUGCACACCCUCAUUAGUGGGAGGUCUAAGUUUUACUUCCAAAUAUUGCUCUUAUCGUUUUAUCUAACAAAAAAUAAUGUGAAAGGUCAUGAGGUAGUCAUGCAUAACCGAAUCUGAUUUUCCCAAAUGCCAUGAGAAGUAUAUAGUCGUAUAUGGUUGCAGGUAUUUGACCAUCGUUAGGUGUCAACGAUCCUCGGUUGCGCGACGCGGGGAAGAGAUGGGUUGCUGUGAGAAGGAAACGACCUAUUAGGUUUUGGUAGGGGAAAAUAGACAAACGGUCACCAGUAGCGGAGGACAAACGGUCAUCACAUUAGACAACUGCUAGCCGUCACUGUAGAGGCGGUCACCAUGAGCGAACGGACGCCAGCGACAAUCGCAUUUCUAGUAUCGCGUUUGCGAAAGCCCGUCAUCGAGUAACAUUUAGCUGUUCGCCAGUGCAGUAGUGUGGGGGGUCCAUCGGACAGAGAGCGAAAGCGCUUGUCGCCGCGUCCUAAGUACUGACCAGACGCGCAGGGAGUACCAGAAGGAACGAGGAACGAAUGCGCCUCAUCGCGGCGCUGCAUUCACUGACGAGCCGCCGCGUGACGCUAUUGGCGCAGAUCGCGAUGACUAAGGCCAAGCCGCCGGGUCGUGCAGGCAAAGACGCUUCUAAGACUAAGUACUACGCGGUGCGGAAAGGACACCAGCCGGGGAUCUAUCUGACGUG